UACGUACUCACGAUCCAAACUUUUAUGCAACGUUAAGAGAACAUAACAUGUAUGAUGCCAAUUUUUUGCUCACUGGACUGCCAGUACAUUCUACAGACCAAGAUUUAUCAAUGUGUGAACCUUACCUUGAUGAUUUUACAACUGCAAAUGGUAUGAGCAAUAACGGCACUUCCGUCGGUCAAUUACCGUCAACUACCCUGUACGAGUUUGAGCAAUUUGCUACUCAAUUUCAAGCAACUAUAGCGGCCAGUAACCAUAUGGCCGCUGCUAAUUCAUUCGAUAAUUUCCCGUACUCAUUUCCUUCCUCAAGAAAUGGCAUAUUCACUUCUCCGGAUAUUUUAGCUUCACUGACUUCUUCAGAACCUUUUUUCAACACACCAAAUUCUUAUCCAAUUCUUAAAGAUAAUUGUUCUAUAACAGCUCCUUCACCUCAAAAUUUCCCUUCCAUGCAAAGUUUUAAUACUUCGUCAACUGGCAUUACAUUGACCGAUUUAAAUACAUGUUCUUCUAUAGAAGAACAAUUUGAUCAAUUAUCAACUAAAGCUGAUCCUUUAAUGACUCAAACUGAGAAUUUGAAUAAGCGUGUUUCGGUGGAACAUGAGUCUACUUUACCAGAUAGAUCCUUAAAAAAGAAACGAAAAAACACAGGUGGGAUUACUAAGACCGUAACGAAACAAUUAGACGGCCUUAAAUCAUCAGCAACUAGAUCUUAUGUCAAAAAUGAACCAAAUCCUCAAAACCACGCCUCACAUAAUGAAGCAACAACAUGUAUUGAUGAACUAAGUGUAGGUUCAAGUGUACAAAAUAUAGGCGUCCCAAAUUCUUUAAUGGUUAGCACCGAUAUAUCUUCCAAUUGUGUCCCAGAUGUAUUUAGUCAACCUUCUUGGUCUGAGACUACAAACCAAAACUUUAUCCCGAAUGUGAUGAAUUCAAACAGAAUUACUGUCAAUGUUCAUUUGUCUGAUUUAGAUACACCCCAAUUUCCUAAUAUUCCGAUACUUCCAUCAUCGCGCGAUGCUGUGAAUUCUACUGCGAAGGUCGCUAUAACGCGACUCAAACCUUCAACUGUUACUCCACUGCCUCAGUCCCAGAUACAGUCCAACAAACAACAAAAGAAAGUUGCACAUAACGCAAUAGAACGUCGAUAUAGAAAUAACAUAAAUGAUCGUAUAAAUGAACUCAAAAAUGUUGUCCCCGCUCUUUGUUCUUUAAAAAAUAAAGAAGACAAUGAUGAAGAUAACGAAGUGGAUGGUAUCCCAGCUGCCACAAAAUUGAAUAAAGCUACUAUUUUGAGAAAAUCAACAGAAUAUAUCACAUAUUUGAAAAAUAAUAACAAAAAAAUCAAAAGUGAAAAUGAGGUAUUAAGAAAGAUGAUUGAAGCUCUUCCAGGCGGCAUUGAGUUAUACAACGCUUAUCAUAUCAAAAAAAUGGCAGUUGAAGGUGUUGGGACUCCAUCUGAUACAUCUGAGGAUACUGACUCGGAUCCCUCUGUCUCUAAUCACGAUGAAUUUGAUUAUCUUCCACCGACUCCACCAUCUGCAAACACUGGUUCAAGAGCUAUGAUGGCUUUAUUUAUGUGUAUGACAUUUUUUACAUCAUCAAGCUACGAUCAGUAUACAUCCUAUCAUCACAGUGAAGGUCGUGUUAUGAGUAGCAAUGGGUCGCCAAUCAAUAAUAAAUCUGAAAUUCCAAAAGGAACUUACAAUUCCAGCGACGGGUGGGAAAUCCCUGGCAGCUUUACUAAUAUAGACAUGGAUGAAAGGUUGUGGGAAGUUGGAUUAUGGGGUCGACUCGGUGAAGUUGAAUUAUGUGGAAAUAAAAAUGCAAGUCGUCUUUCAAUUUUGUACACAUGUCUCCGUACUGUCAACUUAUUGGAAAAUCCCUACACGAUACAUAAAAAUUUGUACAUUAGCUCCUCUCGUAUAUAUGCGAACGCUGCGAUACAAUGUUACAUAAGUCUUCAUUCUAUCCCUUUUUUAUCACAAAAAGUUGUUUCUUCUUUCUGGAAAUUGGCUGUUAAGGAGAAAGGACGCGUUGGACCUGAAGAUAAAUGGUUUGAAAUUGCUCUUAUCAGCGACUCAAAUAGUGAUAUGUGGAAAGUUGUAGCCAACAGAAUCAGUGAUUAUGUUCUUCAUUCGUCGAAAAACGAUGAAACUAUUUCACCCAUGAGAAAUACUACUAUACCGCUUAUUCAUAUUUCAGACAUGCAAGGCUUUAUUCAUCUUAAAGAAACAUUUUCUAACUUUGUUUCUAUGCGAUAUGGCAAUAAAAAGAAUGCAAAGAAAAGUAAAUUUACUUUUGGAGAACUGCUUAGCGUCACUACGCCAGCGUCACUGACGCAUUGGUACGCUUUGGUCGGAUGUGCUGUGCAGGCUUUUUCAGAAGGGAAACAUGCACCUGGUGAAAAGUUCGUAAAUAAGCUAAAGGAGGAAUUUCAAAAAACAGACAAAAGCUUAAACAAGCAGGUUAUUGCUAUGGGCUUGCUUUCUCAUAUUCUUUUAGUAUAUGGUAAAGUUGAGGCGUCUGUGCGCUGUGCUGAUAAAGCUAGUACUUCUGUAUCUUUGCGGAAGAAAGAAAAAACAGGUGCUGAAGAUGAUCCACUAGAUAAAAAUUCAGAGAUUCGAAAAAUAGAGUAUGAUGUUCACACUCUUGCUGAAUUUUGCGUUGGUUGGAUCGUUUUAGAAGCAAGAAUUUUCGGAUGGAAAAAAAUUGAGGGACUUUCAUUGGAAAACAAAGAUGAAGUGUUACCUGGUAUUCUUAAUGUUGAGGCUCGUCUGAUACCUUCUAUUGAUAGUUGGAUACGUUAUUUGCGUCGGUUAUCAAAAGCUGAUGUGUUCAACAAGAUUCCAAAAGCUCGAGAAGAGUUUAUCAAGAAUCUUGAGAUUCUUGGAAGAAUUGUGGGUGGAUUAGAUGAAAGUGUUGGUUCUAUAUGUUAUAAUGAUAAUACCAAUAAUGAGAAAAAUUUUGUUGAUCAAAGUGAAGAUAAUAGAGCAGUAAGGGCUUGGGAUGCCCUAAAGGAAAUGUAA